AUGGUAAAGUACCCAGCAAUGAAGUCUGCCAUCUAUGAAUGGUUUGUAUGCCAUCAAGAGCAUGUCAAUAUGAAUGGUGAAUUGUUAAAAGAGAAGGGAAAUGUUUUUCUAAGGAAACUCUAUCUCGAAGCUACCUCAUUUGGAUUUUCAAAUGGAUGGUUGGAAAAGUUCAAGCAACGACAUGUAAUUCAUUCUUUUCGUCGUUUUGGGGAAAGUUGUUCAGUUAAUAUGGAGAAAAUUGAAGCUAGUUUGCCACCAAUAAGAGAGGAAUUAGACAAAUGGGCUUUGAAGGACAUUUAUAAUAUGGAUGAAAUUGGCCUAUUUUAUCGAAUGCAAGCUGAUAACUCUCUUGCAACAAAGCAGUUGGAGGGCCGAAAGCAAAACAAAGAGAGGAUUACAAUUGUUAUUUGUUGCAAUGGCGAUAGCUCUGACAAACUUCCGCUUUGGGUCAUCGUGGUUUGA